CGUGACUGUAACGGGCGGAUUUUUCAAAUCAUAACGCGCAGGACCCGCGGGAAUGGAACCCGGACCCGCGGGCCGCAGCCACCGCGACACCCCCUGCGGCCAGCACCCCGCCACGAGCCAGGGCCGUGUCACCCCGCGAGGAUGAGCGGAACGCGGCGCGCGAGGAAAAAAAAGAAGCACCAUGGCGAGCAGCAUAGGGGCCCGGAUAGAGGUACGGACGGACUGACUGACGGACAUUGCACAAAACACUGCCCCCCCCGCCCCCCCCUUUAUAGUAUCGGAGCACGGAGAGACUGGUGUUUACACAAGCAUUGCAACCAGAGAGUGCGAACUGCAUUUCCUUUGAGGCUCAGUCAGGUUCUAACUUGCUGAGCAUCAUGGGAAAUGUAGUCCACAGAACACUAGGACUAACUAUCACGGUGAUAGCGGAAACUCCCGAAGGACUACAACUCCCAUGAUGCUGCCAAGGUUUGAAGCUUCCAGAGCACCAUGGGACUUGUAGUUCUAUAGGUGCAGUCUACCUGCAGAGUGUCAGAGACAGGCAGCCAGUGUUUCUGUAGGCGGGGCUGGGCAGGUGGGCUGGGAUGCUGGCUGCCAUGGUGAGCUGGUUGCCGUGAUGCUGAUGAUGCUGAUGUUGUUAUGGUGAUGAUGCUGUCAGUUGGAGCAGCGGGAAUGUUACCGGGCUGUGACAGUCCAUAUCCCCCGCAGUGUGUCAGUGUGUCGGUGUGUGUCAGUGUGUGCGGCACCCUGUCCCUCAUACACUAUAGCCGGCGGCAUCCCCUCACUGCUGCCCGCACCAUGCUGGAGAGGGUCCUCACCUUCCUGUUCCCCAACCUGGCUCCCAAGGGCAGCAGCCCCGGUGGAGGAGAGGAGCGAGAGACCGACAGGCUGUGUCUGCCCCCGAUGCAGAGGGAGAGCUGUAUAGAGGUAUACACUGUGUGCGAUGGAUGGAUGGAUGGAUGGGAGUAGGGAUUAGCAUUGGAAAUGCAUUUCCCUGUCUGACUGAGAAUGGGACAUUGUACGGUUUGGAGCAUAUCCGCUAAGAAGGAUGACUAAACUAGAUAAGUGUACUUUAAUGACAGUCAGUGGAAGAAUUAACUUUUAAAGCAGGUGUUUGUACAUUGUAGCUACUUUUUCUGAAAUGGAACAUUAUUGACAUACAUAGUUUUAAAUCUGCUUGACAGCAGAAUCUUGUUUUGCAAAAAAAAUUUAUAUAUAUAUGUUUUGCAUCUUUUCCUAAAUUGUGUUCCAAGCAGUUGUAUACUGCAAACACAGAUUAAAAGGAAUCCAUGUUUAAAAUGGAAUGAGGCAAAAAUGUGAUUCUUUGUUAAACUAAUUUUCAUAUGCCCACCCAGAAUCCUUUGUGGUUGUAACAUCACUGCAGAUUUGGGAUUUCUGUGGGAAAAGCAAGUCUUAUGGCUUGGCUGAUGUGCAGAUUUUUGGAUAUAUAUAAUAUCCAAGAAGAGAGCACUCUGGAGUCUUUUAUAAUUUGAAAAGUAAAUGCUGCUUUAUUGUGCAGAAUACAAAAAUUUUCGACGUUUCAGUCAAUGCUGACUUUUCAAGAUCAGCAUUGACUGAAACGUCGAAAUUUUUUGUAUUCUGCACAAUAAAGCAGCAUUUACUUUUCAAAUUAUAAGACUCCAGAGUGCUCUCUUCUUGGAUAUUACAUACUGGUUGGAGAUUGUUUGCACCGGAGCACGAAAAGACCGGGAACCUUAAGUGCUGGGAUAUAUUUUUUUUUUUUUUUUUUCUUCUUCUUUGGAAGAGCUCAUUAACCUCUAUAUAUUUUUAAAGAAGUGGACAUAUUUAUUUAUUUUUUCCAUCUCUUUUUUUACAGGACUUCAAAGUCCUCAACCUCCUCGGAAAAGGCUCGUUUGCCUGUGUUUACAAGGCACAGUCCAUAAACACUGGCAUCGAGGUUGCUAUAAAAAUGGUAAGCAUACACAUUUUCUCGUUUUAAUUUUUUUCUUAACGCUUAGACACUUAGAAGGUAUAUUAACUGUAAUAAGAAGUGUAAAUAUUUUGCUUGGUUUUUUUUUUCUUCUCAACAUUUAGAAUUUAAGGGGGGUGUGUUUUAUUUAUUAAUAAAUAAAAGUGGAAUGUUUUAGAUAAGUUAAAUAUUCAAAUACUUUUAAGAAAUGAAAAGGCAGCAAUUCCCUUUGCCAAAUUGUUAUUGGAAAUACUUGUACACUUUACUGUCUGGGAGCUGUUUUUCUUCAACAUAAUAUUUAAAUGUUUUUAGCAUGUUUAAAAUUAAGAAAAAUCUGUGUGGUUUUUCAGUUUAUUUGCCCAUAUGCUUUAGAAUUGUUUUCUGUUGCUAUGGGAACAGCAAUUGAGUCUUUUGCUGAAUCCUUCUUGCAACAUGGUUAGGAGCAAGAACUAGUCAUUUAGAACAAAUUAUCAAUAUAGCAGAAUUUGCCUUUUAAAACAUUUUAAUAAGGACAUAUUUGCAUAAAUCUACUUUAAAUGCUUUAUAUAAGAAGUAUUUUUGCUUUUAACAGAUUUAAAAAAAAAAAAUCCUUAGUAUAAUGCGGUCUUGCAAUAGUACCGCUGAUGCAAAACAGUUGUGGGGUUUGCUCAGUCUUUAAGAACCUUUUUCCCCAUAUCAUAGUAUUUUGACAACUGUUUAGCAAAAGUAACUAAUUUUAUGUGGAAAACACUCAACUUUAUUACGAGCUCUUAGAGGUGUGUGUGUGUAGAUAGACACACUCACUCUCUCUCUCUAAAUGAAAGAGGACGCCAAAUGAUUUUUUUUUCUUAAGUGUAUUAUUGUAAUCAAUGCUGCAAACCUCCUGGGUCUUUAGCAAGAUUUGUGUGUGUGUAUAUAUAAUAUAUACUCAUCACACCUUUUUAACCCAUAAAAGGGACACCAAGCACCAUAUUCACUACAUCCUAUAAACCUUUUAUUGUAUUUAUUAAAAGCUGAAAUAAGUUUAAACAUGCUUAAACUAUGCUUGCUAUUUAAAAUGGCUACAUUGUUUGUAUCAUUAUUUUAGAUAGACAAAAAGGCGAUGCAGAAAGUUGGCAUGGUACAACGUGUCCGAAACGAGGUGGAGAUACAUUGCCAGUUAAAACAUCCCUCUAUUUUGGAGGUAAGGUUUUUCUGUUUUUCUUCCCCUGUUUUUGUUAUUCCCUGAAUAAAUUGCUUUUGAUUUGAGCAUAGUUUUAUAAUGAUGAUUUUUCUUUUUUAGCUUUACAACUAUUUUGAGGACAACAAUUAUGUUUAUCUAAUUCUUGAAAUGUGCCAUAAUGGUGAGGUGAACCGUUGUCUGAAAAACAGAAAAAAACCAUUCUCCGAAAAAGAAGGUCAGUCCUUUUAUUAUUUUUGUUGCCUUGUUAGUGCAUUUUAGGCAAUAUAAUUUAGCUUGUUUCAGUAUUCUAUUAUUAGUGCCAUGAAAUACCAUAAUUCUGUAGGAAUUGGCCUAAGAUUUCUAGCCUUACAAAUAGAUAAUGGCAUUUAAUCAUGUUGGCACACUAAGUGUACCUCUUCUAGACUUCCUCUCCCUAUAUUUAAUUAAAACAAUAACACAGUUGGCAUACAUAAUACUGCAACACUAGAAACAUGGAAACAAGGGCUUUGUUACUUAACGGACCACUAUAGUGCCAGGAAAACACUAGUUUUCCUGGCUCUUUAGGGUCAUUGGGCCCCUCUCCCGCCAGGCUCUAGGGUGAGGAAGGGGUUAAUCCCUUACCUUAUUUCCAGCGCCGGGCUCCCUCGGCCAUGGGGACUCUUCUCCUCCUUUCCCCGUCAUCGGCUGAAUGCGCAUGCGCGACAAGAGCCGCGUGCGCAUUCAGCCAGUCCACAGGAAAGCAUUCUCAAUGCUUUCCUUUGGAUGCUGGCGUCGUUUCACUGUGAAAAUCACAGUGAGAAGCGCCUCUAGCGGCUGUCAUUGAGACAGCCACUAGAGGCUGGAUUAACCCUCUCUCUGAAACUGCUAUGUUUACAACAGAAAGGGUUAAUCCUAAAUGGACCUGGCACCCAGACCACUUCAUUAAGCUAAAGUGGUCUGGGUGCCUAUUGUGGUCCUUUUAACAUACACUCUGAAAAUUCCCUUUGUUAAGAAUAAAUGUUCACUUUGUCUUGUUUUGUUUUUGUCAUAGCUCGACACUUUAUGGAACAGAUUGUGAAGGGAAUGCUUUACCUUCAUUCUCAUGGCAUUCUCCAUCGUGAUCUCACCCUCUCUAAUCUCCUGCUCUCCAGUGAUAUGAACAUUAAAAUAGCUGAUUUUGGCUUAGCAGCUCAGUUAAAAAUGCCAACUGAGAAACACUUUACAAUGUGUGGUACUCCCAACUACAUUGCUCCUGAAAUCGCUACUAGGAGUGCUCAUGGCCUUGAAUCUGAUGUCUGGUCUUUGGGCUGCAUGUUGUACACGUUUCUGGUGGGUCGACCUCCAUUUGACACAGACACUGUGAAGAAUACACUGAAUAAGGUUGUUUUAGCUGAUUAUGAGAUGCCCAACUUUCUUUCAAGAGAAUCCAAAGAUCUUAUUUUUCAGUUACUGAGAAAAAAUCCAGCAGACAGGCUUAGUCUUUCGUCUGUGUUGGAUCAUCCGUUCAUGACUGUUUUUUCUUCUGCCAGAAGUGAUGAUAUGGGGACUGUUGAAGACUCCAUUGACAGUGGGCAUGCCACAAUCUCAACAGGCUUUAAUGGGUCUUCUGGAAUUAGUGUUGAUAGCCGCUUACAGGAGAAACGACUUUUAUGUGCUCCUUCUCUCCCUAACAAAAUGAACAUUUUACAGUUUAAAGAUAAACAAUCUCCUGAAUUAAUAUCAGGAGGUGGUGGCAGCUUCAUUAAGAAUCAGGGAGAGCAUAAUGACUUUUUUGAGGGUCGUGGUAGAAAAGCUGUGAUUGAAGAUCGACCACAUUCACGAUAUCUUAGGCGUGCUCACUCUUCUGACAGAUCUGGGAAUACACGCAGCCAGACGCAGAGUAAACUAAGCAGUUAUGCAGAGAGGUGUCACUCUGUUGAAGCACUUGUGAAGUCUAAUGGACAGACAGUAGGCUAUCGCAAUUCCUCCUCUUCUCCUGCAAACAGUUAUGGAGAUAUCCCUCAGAUGUUCACAGACCAAGCUGUUGUGAGUUCAGCAUCUUUGGACAGAUAUACCUCUCCUCCAGUAAGAGAAAAGACGCCGUAAGUAGACUGUCAUAUGUAAUUAAGAUGCAGUAAUUCUUCAGGUUUUUUUAAUUUAUUUAAAAUUUAGGUGAAUAAAAAUAUUACAUUUGAUAUGUAUUUCUCAAAUUUCACAGUAAAUCAAUGUUAAAAAGGUAUUAGAGUAACUGUUAAUUUUUUUAAAUUUUUAUGUGCGAAUACUUGUUGUUGUAUACAGGGUUAUUCACUAAAGUGAGAAUUCAAAAUUAAUUUCAAAUUUAAAGUCAAAGUAGCCGAUCUGGAAGCAUAGCUGAAUUAGAGCUUUUUUUAAUUUCAUCUAUUCUCGCAUUAAACUUGAAAUUCACUUUGAAUUCUCAUUUUAGUGAAUAACCCUGUUAGUAUGGAUUAAAUAUUAAGAUUCAGAAUAAACACCCUUUUGGAUAAUCUUCUGACGACCUGAUCAUUUAGUAAGAAGAGUGUUGAGGCUAAAUGUUUUCAAACUAAUUAGUUGGCAGGAAAUUGCUCCUGUGGGAAUAUUCAUUAUGCUAGUAUCUAAUACAGAUGGCAGAAAAAGCUCCUGAGAUUCCUAAUGCUGUACCUGUGUGAUUGGUGCAUCAUGUUACUCUUCAAUAUGAUAGAGUAUGAAAUAGGCAAAGCUUUCUAAGGGGAGGCCAUAUUCAGUCAUUUAUCACGUUCUUCUCUACGGUUUGCUGAUGCACAUAGGCUCCUACAAGGUAUGUCCUGUCUAUUCAUACAGGUAACUAAUGGGAUUAUAAACUUUAUGGAUAUUGUAAAAGAGCUGAUAAAAUAUCCGUUUUGAUCAUAGUGGUCCCUGAUAGGAUACAAUAUAGAGGGUGUUCUUUGUGCCCUGAAGCAUUUUUAAUGUUAGGCUUGUACUUGUUCAAGAUCAGGAAUUGGUCAUUUCUUCACUUCUGUACUUACCUAAUUUUACUCCCUGAUUGUAGCAGAAGAUUGUGACCUCUACAAAUUGACAUUGAGCACACCUAUGCAUUUGCUUUAAACGACUUUACUUUAAGUGAGUGUUCUUUUCAUGGAGCACAUGAGAAACUGUAGUGGUCGUGGGCACUUAGAAAAAUAACAUGGAUAAAAAUUUGGCAAUAUAAUGUCCCUUUUUACAAAAAUAAUUAAAGAAUUUUUUUUUUUUUUUUUAUUGUAUACAGAUUACUCUGUGUAUAUAUAUACCCAGAUCACAGACUCCACUUUUCUAUCUGGAGCUUCCGUGCAUAAUUGUUUUUAUACUUAAAAACUAUUUGAAUUUUAUUUUAUUUUUAAAUUUUAGUCUUGUAAAACUCUUUUCCUAACUAUGCUGUUUAUAGAAUUUUGUGAUGCAGAAAAUGUGACUUUAUUAGGUGUUAGCAGUGUAUAGCUAAAUUGCAAAGUAUUGCAGUACUGUUUGCAGGACCUGUCAAGUGCUUAAAGAUUUACUCCAGGAACUAUAGUAACUUCACCUCUUCCAUUAAAUCAAACCAAACUGGGCAUCAAAGCUGUUAGAUAUUGAUGAUUUCCCUUAGAAAUUCUAUAAGUGGCCAUUCACCAAUUGUGGGGUUUUUUUUUUUUUACUUGAAUGUUUCUGUUUUUAGGUAAAAGAAUGAAAAGUGCCCAAAUCGAUUUCUCAUGUUGUUCUCUCUUCACUAUUUGGCAUUCUGAAAUUUCUGUCCCUUUAUUCCCCUUAUCUCCUUCUUGCAUUUUGCACCUCCCCGACCCCAAAAAUCUAUAUCUGCUUCUUUUUCACUUUUAUGUAAAGCUGUUUUUUACCUGUCUGCAUCACAACAUCCUUUUGAUACUUAUGUGAAUUCAGUCCACGCUUUCAUUCUAGUUCCCCCAUUCUACAAAUCCUCAUAUAUAAAGUACUCUGUAGACUGACCCUAAUUAUUACCUUGGAGACAAUGCUAGAAAUAUAACCCACACUAUAGUUUUGCCAUCCGUUCAGUUUUGCAUGGCUGCAAGCAUUUUAUUAAUGACUAGUUCUGUACAUCACAAUUUAUGAUCAGACUUUUAUUUUUCUUCUAUUUUAAUGCUUAGCUUUUUUUUUUUUUUUUUAAUAUAUAUAUUUUUAAGUGUACAUUUUGAUCUUAUAUUUUCUGGUUUUGUCCAAGUUCCGAGUUUCUUUGUCCUUCAAAACCGAUUCCAAAGUUGAAUGAAAAGUGCCCGGCUGAAACAGUACAGCAAUGGUUUGGAGCAAUGCAGUUAAAUGGUAUGAAAAUCCUCUGUGCUGAAAAAAACUAAACUUAUGUGUGUGUAUAGACACAAUAAUUUUAUUCUUUUAUGAUAAGGAGUCAUCUCUAACAUACGAUUCCUUUUUUUUUUUUCUUUUUUUUUUUCAGGUGAAAAGAAAAAAUCCUCCAAUAUGAGUAGUGUUAGUAAUUCAGGUGGAGAUUUCUACAGCCAACCUGCUUCUCAGUACACUAGGAGUGAUAUAAGGAAAGGCACAGAUUCCUCAUUUGAAAGCAUUCAGAAAGCUCAAAGAAAGCACAAUGCUUUUGAAAAGCAAAAUGAACAAUUACGUCCUGAUUAUGGUGAUCAUCGUAAAUUAAGGAUACCUCAGCAGACCUUAGGACACUGCACUCUGCGAAGCCUUAUUCCACCUCUCAAUUCAGCCAGACUAAAGCCAAUAAGGCAGAAAACAAAGAAUGCUGUGGUACGCAUAAAGAGAGCUUUGAGAUUAUUCGUCGCCAUUUAUAUUGACUUUUAUUACUAUUAAAAGAACACUUACAAUACCAUAACCACUAUGGUGCCAGGGGAGGCCUGUCUCCCUGCUCCGCCCCCUCCCUCUUCUCCCUGCCCCCGAAGAUUUUACCAGGGGUCCACUAGGCACUGCUUUCUACGUCCACUAUAUUUGACAGAGAGGUGGAAGUUAUGUCCAAGCUAAUACAUGAAGUGCAGAUAGCUGAGAGUGAUCAGGUGUCCCUCUCAGCCAGUAAUAUAGCCUUGCACUUCAGGGAUUAGCUCCCGAAAGUUAAUGUAAGCUUAUAAGCAGGAGCUUCUCACUCUGUCAAAUUUAGGGAAGGCAAAUUUAAAAAUUAAAGCGGCACUAUCAUGCCGCACCUUUGCCCAAUCGAUUCCUCUUAUCUCCCUCUAUCAGACUCUGUUCUUCAUUUCUUUCUGUCUGCUCUAGUUUUCUUUAAAACAUAAGACAAAGUAGCAAUUUUCCCACAAUUCUCACCUUUGAUCCGUGAUCUCACGAUGCUUCCUGUCGGUAUUCCCAAACAUCCUGUCACUUAGACAGAACGCCAGCAAAACUACCGAGUUUCGUCCUAAUUGAAUGAGAACAGUUUCUCCAUUCGUGUUAGGACGUAAUUUGGAACUUUGUUCAGUUCGAAAUUUCAUUUGAAUUAAUGAAAUUCUGAUCUACUCGUGCUUGCAGCCCCCUCAUUACCCCACUGUCAUUCAGAGCCCGCACCCGUCGCUCAUGGGUGGGGGCUACGGAGGACCCUAUGUCCCCCGUAUAUUUGCAUAACCCCCACUCCUGGGGCACGGGUUAAUGUAUGCCCCACCAUGGGGCCAUUUUGUUAGAAGUGGGUUAUAUUGACCCCCAGAGUGAGGGAGGACAUGGGGGGGCAUAGGAAGUGGCGGGGAGCACUGCUCCCUGCCGCUUCUGUUUUUACAUAUUACCAGGAGGGAGCUGCGCACCGGUAGCUUCCUCCUUGUUAUAAACCAAACAAAUUAAGAGGUCUUCGUUCAGUAUUUUGACAUUUCUAUUUAUUAGUGUUUCUGAUGAAUGAAUAGGGGAAAUUCCUGUUAGAAUGCCCAAGUGUUUAACUGGGAAUGCGCAAAAAUUUCACAGCGCAAUCUAGUGUGGGCAUAUGACGUGUCCCAUAGGGACUUCAUCUACCCACACAAAGAUGGUGGCACCUAGGUCCGGGUACGAAAUAAAGAUGAAAAAAAUAGGUAAUAUGGGGGGGAUUAGGUGCAUUUGGGGUUGACUAGGGGGACAAUUUGGCCAUGACAGUGCCGCUUUAAGUAAGAAGGCAAACCUUUCUAAAACAGUUUUACAUUAACGGGCAUACACAUGUAUAUGUUUUACUUGAUUAAUCUAACAUGUGAAAUUAGUGGAGAUAUGCUUGCAGUACGUAUGUAAUUUAUCUCUGAGGAGUAAUAAAAAAAAAUGAAUCUUGCAGUCCGAAUUUCUCUGUGCUGCUAGAUCCACUGAUUGGAGAAUUGCUUUAUUGCUAAAACCGGCAUGCAUUUAUGCAGGAUGUUGCAAGAAAACACCAUUUAUCUCUCAAAGAUAAAUACAGCAAAUAAAGCGCAAAAAAGAACCAUUGCAGUGAAUGGGAAAGCCACAUACUGUAGGUUGUGUGGGCUCGUUUUGAGAAAUGAAAUUACAUGCACAUAUGUUAAAUGCCUUUUUAUACACCAUGCAGGUUAGUAUUCUGGACACAGGAGAGGUUUGCAUGGAGUUCUUAAAGGAACACAAUUCUCAAGAACGUGUAAAAGAGGUCCUCCGAAUAUCGUCUGAUGGUAAUCUGGUAGGUACUGAUUUUAUCGAAGUUAAUCUUCUAUUAUUAUAAACAAAACAAAAAAUGUGUGUUAGCGUGAUAAAUAUGUGUGAGUGGACCUCUGGACACAGUAAUGCAAAUUAGUCCCAAUACACGUUUUUACAUACUUAGUAUGGAAACUCCUGUGGAUAUUUGUGGGAGUUUUCUUGUUUUAACACAGUCUGCUUAUUCAUCUUUUUAGGCUAGUGUGAGAAUUAUUUAGGAACUAAUUACAUAAAUUUUUGGGCUGAAAAUAUGGCUAAUUUUACUGUUUUUAUUUAUUUUUUUGCUCAAUUCUUAUUUCCUCCAGGUUUCACAUCUCCAUUUGCGCUGUUACUAAAUAUUUAAAUAUUGUAACUUUUUACAUUGUUACAUCCAAAUUCAGCCUUUCUCACCUCUGGUUCUACUGUUGAUCCAAAAGAAUGCAAAACACCCCAGUUUGAAGAGCUUUCCAAUUUUGCAGCAAACUAGGAACUAAAUUCCUUCUCUACCUUAGAAUGGCAGUCAUAUGUCUCCUUUGAUCAAGAAGCUGUUAUCCUACGAAUCUUACCAUCCCUUCACAUUUUUGAGAUUGCCACUUGCUUUUGGUCUUCAAUAACAGGAGCAGCACAUAGGACAAUGAUGGUUUUUAGUUUUUUUCAUCCCUUUGAAAGCGCAGUAAAGUAGUGAUAUUUAUGACUCAUUCUUAACCAAAGAUAAUCUACAUGCAUGCAGCUCUGUUGGGCACAAAGGAUGAAAAGCUAAGGAACACAUUUGUUUAAAACUAUAUGAUUGAAAAAGGGGAGUUAAAAACGAAUGGUAUUGAGAGUGCCAGUUACUAGUGAAAGUCAUAUUCUUAAAAGUUGAUGUCUGUUUUCUUUAAAACAUCGAAAGUUCCAACUCUGUUCUAUGUAGGUUUAGCUCUGAACUAUUUUUGAUAGGAAACCAAAUUUGAUACAUGAAAUAAUCUGGGCAAUCCAGUUUUCAAUUUUAAAAUUAACUCUCACCAGUUCCUCAACAGAAUGUUCCAAAACUAACUUUAUUAUACUCUUCCUGGUGUCAUUUCACUUAUGAAGAGAACCCUUUGAAUAUGAGGUCUCUUCCAAUCAUUGUGAACCUAACUUUUGAAUCCCAAUGCAGGUAUUUAAGUCCCACUGCUGUGUGGAAUAUUAAUUAGAAAUCAGGCUAUUAUACAUUAGACCGUAAAGUCUUCAGGUUAAGUCAUUUACCAUAAUUACCCAUAAACUAACCAAAAUAUCUUCCCUCCUCAGAUCUAUGUUUAUCAUCCAAAUGAAGGGAAAGGGUUUCCCUUGGUCGACAGACCCCCGUCGCCUCCAGAAACCAUGCUGAGUUUCACUUUUGACAGCUUACUUGGUACAUACAUUUUAAAACUUAUUUAUUUUUCAUUUACUUAUUAAUUUAUUAUUUGAAUGUAUUUUGUUUUUUUGUUUGUCACAUAUUAAAGGUAGGUGUGUGUGUGUGUGUGUGUGUGUGUAUAUGUGUAUAUAUAUAUAUGUGUGUGUGUGUGUGUAUAUAUAUAUAUAUAUAUAUAUAUAUAUAUAUAUAUAUAUAUAUAUAUAUAUAUAUAUAUAAUUUUUUUUUUUUUUAUUAUUUGUUAUACUCUUGGAGAUUAUAUUCUGGUUUUACUUUAUUCUUUUAGAAAAGUAUUGGAAAAAGUACCAGUAUGCAGCAAAAUUUAUACAGCUUGUCCGAUCCAAAACACCCAAAGUUACGUAUUACACGAGAUAUGCAAAGUGCAUGUUAAUGGAAAAUUCCCCAAAUGCUGAUGUUGAAGUCUGUUUUUAUGACGGUAAGACAGUGUUGUGUGGUUUGUUUUUUAUAGCAAUUAUUAUUUUUAUUUAUUUAUUUUAAAUUGUACAGAUUUCUAUACAAAUCGAUUUUGUACGUUUUUUGGUGGGUGGGUGGUUGUUUUUUAUACAUAUUAAUAGAAUGUAUAAAUGUCAAAAUACUGCCUGUUUGACAACUUCAUCCACCUUCCAACAUCUCCUUUAGAAUUUGAUGGGGUUAUUUCCUGGCACCAUCCCUACAUCAUUUCUUUGAAACGUAUCAAAUCUGCUACAUUUAAAGGGACAAUCCAAAUAAUUGCUGUUUAGUAAAUAUAACCACAAUGGAAACAUGCAUGCAUUUAAUCAUGCUUUUUAUUUAUUUUUUUCCUUCCCCAUUGGGGCUAUAACUAUAACCAGCUUGCAAAAUUUACAGAUCCAAAUCCAGUCCAUACUUGGCUGUCCAAUUACAGAUUUCCCAAAUGCAGCUCAAUGAGAAACCUUUGCAAGGCAGGGGCUCUGAAUAAUUUAUAUCAACUGUAAGGGGAUACACCUGCAAAUAUUUUUUUAUUAGGUAUAAACUAAUUCCUAUUAUUGGAUUCUGAAUAGUAUUCUGCACACAGUAUACCCUGAAAUGGCCUGUACUAAAAUACUAGCCUUUUGUCAAUGGCAAACCUACACUGUACUACAUUUUUUUUCAAUCUAAUUUUGUUUCUCAUUAGGUGCAAAGAUCCACAAAACAGGAGAUAUUACUCGUGUGAUAGAAAAAUCUGGGAAAUCAUAUACACUGAAGGAAGUCAGCCGAGCCAAUGACCUAAAUGACGAAAUUCAAGCGUAUGUGCAUCAUGCCAAUGAGGUAUUAUUCCUUCACUGGCCAAGCUUUAUUAGCCUCUACUGCUCCUUAUUACAUUCUGUAUUUUGUUGUAAACCAUGCUUCUUGCUCAUUAAGUGUUUUUAUUAGCAUUGUUUAUUGCCGCAGUUUUGUUUUGUUUUUUCUAGUUGAAAUAAGCAGGACUUAAAGGAUCACUAUAGGCACCCGGACCAAUUCAGCUCAAUGAAGUGGUCUGGGUGCCAGGUCCAUCUAGGGUUAACCCUGCAGUUGUAAACAUAGCAUGCACAUUCAGCGGAUGAUGUCAGAAGAGGGAGGAGAGUCUCCAGCGCCGAGGGAGCCCGACGCUGGAGAAAGUUAACUGUUUAACCCCCUUCAGCCUGGUGGGAGGGGGACCCAGAGUGUGGGGUGGGGGGGACACACGCGCACCCAAAGACCCUAUAGAUCCUAACGAGUUUGUUUUCCUGGCACUAUAGUGGUCCUUUAACUGGUGAAUCGCUGGCUGUUUUAGGAUUACAACUCCCAAGAUGCUUUUGCUAACCAUAAGAAAGUUGUAGUUCUACAGUUAUUGUGGUAGGUUGGGAUACAUAUUUUGGCUACCCAUGAUAUAAAAUAUAGAGCUGGGCAAAAAGUUUAAUCAAAGACUUGUUGGGACUUCUCCUAGUAUAUUAAUAGUAAUUACUGAAAGCAAUGUACUGUGGAAGUUCCUCAAUAUAAGCACCAUUAGAUUUCCUUUUAUUAACCUUUUCUAACAAUAAAAACAUGAUCCAAACAAUAAAAACAUGAUCAAACACUGUACUUUCAGGCAGCAAUUGUUUCUCUCAAGUGAUAUAUUCUAAUAUACCCGUUGUGACACGCUGGGUUUCCAAUAAGAGAAAAGAAACCUCUUUAUUCAGCUUGUGUCCUGUUCUUUUCUAGUACAGUAGGAAAAAGCAAAAUGAAUGAAGAGAGUCACAGGGUCACUUCCGGGAAAGCUGAAUAGUAGUUUACAUUUGGGGUCUAUUGUUAUAUAUCCACUCUGUGUGGCUCUCAUUAGGUCAUGUGUCGGAACUUAGCUGUUUACAAUCAGGGGAGAGGAGUAUGCGGGUCAACCAGACGCACACAAAGUGUAGUCCUAGCAUUAUAACCACUACAGAGUUGACGUUUGAGAACUUUUUUGAAUUUAAAAUAUUAGUAUAGCAUUUAUUUAAAGUAUGGGAUGCAUAGCUAGUAUAUAAACAAAGCAUACCAUUUUAUAUAACUCAACCAUUUUAUGUAUAAAUUGCCUUUCUGAGAAACUUUAAAAAAUUAAUUGCGUAAACUUAGUUUUUCUUUUUCACCUAUUUGUUCUGCCUUUAAAUAAUUUUGGAAACUAAAAGCUUUAAACAAUAUUUCACACAGGCUCUAAAAUGUUGGUAUAAAAACAACUUAAAUGGGCUGCCCAAAUACAAAAAUGUUUUUUUAUUUUUGAGAUAGAUCUAAAAAUAGCUUGCAAAAGACUUGGUGUGUAUCCAAUCACAGAAUUUACAAUGCAGAUCAAUGAGAAGUUUUUACAAAGCAGAAAUUCUUUAGCUCCACUGAACUUAACCACCAGGAAGUAACCGGACAGGUUGUUUAAUUGACAGCCAGGGGGUGUAACAAAGUUAAUUUAUAAACGUGCUAAUUUCUAUUGAACUCUGCACUUUUUUGUAAAAGUAAAAACCAGAACACACACUUAAGCAUGCUGAAAUGCUCUUUGUGGUCUGGAGUGUCCAUUUAAGGUUCUUUCACACUUGUACAACCUCACAAAGCAUCACCUCUUCCCUUUUUGUUGUCUCAUAGAGCAGUGAUUUAUUAGUUGAGUGGUUAAUUCAAUGUCUUAGUCGAGUCCCCCUGAAGGACUGUGGUCAACAGAGGCACCACCCUGAUAAAUCUUAAACUGUUCAAAGUGGUUUGAUUCCUUACUUGGUUAUGAUGCCAGGGGACUCCUAGCACCAAUAACUCUACAGCAGGCUACAGUGGUUAGGAUGCUUACAGUACCCCUUUUAAGUAAUAGAGGAAAAUGUUCCAGUUAAUUGGGGGGAAGCUCCAUCCAAAAUACUCAUGUGUUUAAAUAAAAAAACUUCUCUUUUUUAUCUCUAAUGUAAUGACAAGGUACACAUAACAUUUGCAGUAUGCAUUGUUCAUCCUUUGCUUUUAAAACUCAUUCUAACUACCUAUUUUUUUUAUUUUUUUUUAUUCAAUAAUGUGUAUUGUAUAAUAUUGUGUCAAAGUAAAAUAGUUGUACAGACAAUUGGUAAAACCAUAACGAACUUUUGGGUACAACAGGAAACACUGACGAAAGUUCAGUGGGACGUUUUGCAUUUAUCAAAUGAUCAUAUUCUUCAAUUUAUUAUUUAUUUUAAAACUCUAUGCAUUUUUCUCCUAUUCUGAUUUAUAUUUUCUCUCUGUAUUAAAUAGAGCCAUCAUGUAUGCCUGUCCUUAGAAUCGAUCCUUACUAUAGAGGAAAAAGAGGGUGAAAAUAUUUCAUUGUUUCCAGUAACAUUUGGCAGGUAAGAUGCUUUGUUACACUCUCUAUGUUGUAAUUGGAUACUAAGCACGAUAACUACAACAUUGUGUGUGGUAAUGUUGUCAUUUUGUUUGUUGUAAUGGUGCCAGGAGUGCCCUAGUAAUGUCCCAUUGUAAGCUGUUAAACUGUUCACGAAGUUCAUACCUCCACAUUGGCAUACCAACUUUGAAUAGUUUUCAUUGGGCGAGAGUUGUUCGCUAUCAUGAAGUGAACAAAGGCCAAAGUUGGGAUGGCAAUUUGGAAGUAAUGGAUGGAAAAAAAAAUGCUAAAUUACAAUAUUUAUUUUUUUGCUUUGGACUGAUAUUUUGAAUACAAAUGCAACUUUCCAUUUGUAACAUGUGAGAACAAAAAUGUGUGGUUUUGUUUUCUAGGAAGCCAAAUAGCACAGAUUCACCUACAGUACAAUCCUCUGAAGCAGACAGCCAUAAACCGCAAUAUCGUGACAAUCUGGUAAUGCCUAGCAGUAAAAAUUCUCCAACCCAGACGCCCUCCGCUAAUCCUUCUGUAAGUGAGGUGCUGCAAUAAACAGUGCCAACCAUUCUGAUGGAGCUGUGACACAGGGUUUUCGAUUCCAUAAAACGUGCAUAGUUUAUCACUGUUUUUUGAAGCAAUACGAUUUUUAAAUCUUGCAUAAUGCCUGGUUUGCAGGACUUGUGUCAGAUACACUCUUGUGUUUGUUUAGAUUGUCGUGCUUGAGUAACACUGUGUAAGCACUUGAACAUUGUAAUGUUUUACAAAUUACACUACACUGCUCUACUGUAGGAAUUUUAAAGGCAUCUGCCAUGACAGACAUGUCUUUUUUGUCACUUCAUAAGAGAUAAAAUGUACAAUAAUUUAUUUAGCACCAACAUAUUUUGCAGUGCUGUGUUUAAUCUAUACAUUUUGCUUGGGAAAUUGUUAAUGCUUGUAUAAAGGUACUCCUUUAUUUGUUUCAUUUGUCUUUAAUGCUACAUCACUGGUAUAGCAAUAAAUGUUUACUCAUCCCAUCACAAAGUGAUACUUCAGCAUCAUCUAACUCCUCAAAUGCUGAGCUGUCUCUCUUAUUUCCUGUUGGUGCCUGAGAGCAGUCUUCAAGCUAGUCUAUCUUUCAAGCAUGCAUUUUUUUUGUUUUGUUUGUAUAGCCACAAUCUAUAGUAUAAAUAUUAUACCUACCUGAUCUUUUUAUCCUCACAUUGUUUUAUUCUUUGAAUGUAUUAGCAUAUUUUGAUUAUGUAACUUUGUCUUUUUGGUGGCUUCAGAUGAUUUCCUAUGAGGGAUCUGUAUUUUCGGCUCAAACGGGCACGGCUGCAAAUGCUACAAAAACUCACACUCCUGAUCCUAGCCAAGUCCUAAAAUCUGUUUUUGUUAAAAAUGUGGGCUGGGCCUCCCAGGUGAGUUUUUAUUUAUUUAUUUAUUUUUAUCAUUGCAAAGAAAAAAACCAAAGGAAAGAGUUGUGUAAUUCCCCAGAAAGUGAUAAUGAUAGAUGGUACAACCUUUUGAAAUAGUAUAGUAUACCAUACUUGAGUUUUAAUCAUUGGUGGUACAUUUUUUUUUAACUUCAGUAAACUUAUAUUCUGCUUAUGAAAUUUCCUUACUAAUUGCUACUCUUGGAUUUCAAGGAGAAUUUGAUAUUUUGGUGAAAUUUCGAUUUAUGUCUGCAAUUUAAAUAUUUCUGCCUCCUUUGAAAAAUAUUGCUAUAUCUAACAAAAUAGAAUCCUUUUAUAUAGAUUAAUAUAUUUUUUUUAAUUUAUAUUUUUUGAAGAAUGAUAAAUUAGUUUUUUUGCCAAUUAUAGAAAGCCAAUUUCAAUAAAAGAUAAAAUCUAUAAAACUGUAGGAACCAUUGUUCUCCUUGCUGCUUUCUUUGUUUCAUAUAGCUCCUUGAGUUAAAUUAUACAAAUAUAAAGAUUGUUUCUACAAAUAAGCACCAGGCUUCUUGUUUUGGGAUCUGCAAUCCACAAUUCCAGUUGUCACUAAGUCAUCUCUGGAGGCAAGGCUGAGUAAACCGUAAAGCCCCCACAUUUUGUAGAACUGCAACUUCCAUGAUACCUUGACAUUUUAAAAGCGGUCUUGGGCCAUUCAUAAAAUAUAUAUUAUAAUGAAUUUUAUAUAAUAAAACUUUAAAAGCCCUUUUCUUAAUUUUGAUAUUUCAUUUAUUUAGUAGAUAAAUCCCUUAUUUGAUAUCUUUAUGUGGGAUUGCCAUAUUUAAGAAUACUAAAUUAGGGAGCUAAUCUACUAAACACACAUUCACAGACUUACACACAUAAUUACAGAACCUCACACAUACAAUCAUAUACACAUAAUUACUGGCAUACACACUCAAAUCACAUUGACUGACACACACACACACCCACACCUCCCCCUCCUUCUCCACCUUUAUUGCUAUAGAAGGGCUGGAGUGGAUCCUCUACCUAGUGGCCAGUGCUUAGUGCUGUGCUUGGAUCACUGCUCUUCCUGCACAGGUCCUUGCGCACCCAGUAGUGAAGCUGAUUGCGUCAUAUGCCGACUCACUGCAGAGCGUGUGAGUGAGUUGUGCAGAAAGAGCACGGUAAGUAAUGAACUCCUUCGUUGCUCGGCAGCCCGGACAGCAAAUGUGUAACAUUACAAAUGGUUCAGCGCUGCAGGUUGGACACGCAUGCUCUACAACUUCUGAGGGUCUACAAUUUGCCCAGCCAUGUUCUGGAGGCAUUACCAUGCAAUUCUUUGAUUACUCAUGCACUACGCUGUCACCACUUAUUACUAUGGAACACUAUGUUUAUAUUUUUUUUUCAUUGAACAAUCUAGCUAGCAUGCAAGUGACCCUUCUGGGCUCACACUUCUAGCCCACCCCAAUCCCUACUACUUCUUGGUUGAUAUGCAAUUUUUGGUGAUAUACAGAUUCAGGAGGCCUAGGACCAGCUUUAAGAUAACUCACUCAAAAAAGCAAAGCAUUGUCUGUGUGUUCUAUCUAAAGUUGUACUGAUAGAUUUUUAUUUUCUUUUUUCCUCCAUUGAAUAGCUGACCAGUGGGGCAGUAUGGGUACAGUUCAAUGAUGGAUCACAACUUGUAGUUCAGCCUGGUGUUUCCUGCAUUAUUUAUACGGCGCCAAAUGGUCAGGUAACAAGGUGAGCAAAACCUAUUUUUAUAAUGAAUGAGGAUAUGUUAAUACUAAACAUCAUUACUAGUAAUGCCCCAGAAAAUAUUUUGCCAUUGUAAAGUUUAACUAAACAGUAACAUUGUGUUAGACUUUGAGUAAAGAUAAGCAAUGCACUUUAACAUUUACAAAUCUGUGAAGAGAUGCAGCUAAGACCCUGUAUAGUACACUAACUAAAAUAGAAUACAAAGUGCCUUUAUCCUAUUCUAAAGGUUCUAGUUUUCAAUAUAGCAUGUGUGGCAACCCCCCCUGUUAAAAAAAGAGUGCAGCUUAACUUUGAGUCCAUGGUCAGGUGCCUUCUAUGAAACAUGUCAAAAUAAAUGCCUGUUUGUCAUUACAAAGUUUGCCUUUUUAAAUGUUUCUAUGCAAUAACAAAGAUUCCACUGUGAUUUUCAGACAUGGUGAAAAUGACAAGCUCCCAGAGUGCAUUAAAAGCAAGCUACAAUGCCUUUCGUCCAUACUUGUGCUCUUUGCAAAUUCAUCAACCCGCUAAGAAAAAGGACACAUACAUCAGACAUGAACCAUCAUUGAUUUGUCUUGACUGCAGUCUUCCAGAGAUCUGUACAAAACAGCAGACUUGCUCUACUAAACUGGUGCUAGAAAUAUUUUAAGUAAAACUGCAAUAUGAGCUUAUUUUGCAUCUCAGUUCUGUUCUGAGAGUACCCAUAUCAUUGCCACAAACCUGGUGUUUCUAUAGCAUUUUCCAAUAACGUUCUCUUUGAGGUUUCUUAAACGGUGUAUAGAAGAGUAUAACAUUUCUACUUAAUUAUACCAGAAUAUUAACAGUUUACAAAUCUGCUUUGUGUUCCUGUAAAUGUUGUAUGUUUUGUAAUAUGAAAAGUAUAUUUUUUUAUUUUUUAUCUGUUAAUUUAUAUUUGUAGCACAUCUUCUGAUGAAAUAUCCAUGUAAAUACCUUCUAAAUAAUAAAUGCAAUGAUGAGC